UUUUUCUCUGUUGUUUCCUUUUUUUUUUUAAGCCUUAAGUGUCUGGCAGAUAUCCUAGAACUUUACCCACAGAGAUGCUACGAGACACCAUGAAAUCUUGGAAUGACAGCCAGUCAGAUCUCUGUAGCAGUGACCAGGAGGAGGAGGAGGAGAUGGUCUUCGGUGAAAAUGAAGACGAAUUAGAAGAGAUGAUGGAUCUAAGUGACCUGCCCACCUCACUUUUUGCUUGCAGUGUCCAUGAAGCAGUGUUUGAAGUCCAAGAGCAGAAGGAGAGGUUUGAAGCUCUGUUCACCCUCUAUGAUGACCAGGUCACGUUCCAGUUGUUCAAGAGCUUUCGAAGAGUGAGGAUCAACUUCAGCAAGCCCGAGGCUGCAGCGAGAGCUCGGAUAGAGCUCCAUGAGAGUGACUUCCACGGCCAGAAACUGAAGCUUUACUUUGCACAGGUUCAGGUGUCCGGGGAGGCUCGGGACAAGUCCUACUUACUGCCACCACAGCCCACCAAGCAGUUCCUCAUCUCUCCUCCAGCCUCCCCUCCAGUCGGGUGGAAGCAGAGUGAAGACGCAAUGCCUGUGAUCAACUAUGACUUACUCUGUGCUGUCUCCAAGCUUGGGCCAGGGGAGAAAUAUGAACUGCAUGCAGGAACCGAGUCCACCCCCAGUGUGGUUGUGCAUGUCUGUGAAAGUGAAACUGAAGAGGAAGAAGACACAAAAAACCCAAAACAAAAAAUCACUCAGACCCGGCGCCCGGAAGCUCCCACGGCCGCGCUGAGUGAGCAGCUGGACUGUGCACUGUGAACCCAGCCACUGCACCCGUGCCUCCUGCUGCUACUGCUGCACCGGCACUAGAGCACAGCCAGGAGAUGCCACUGCAUCCAUCUGGCAGCUGGGCUAGCUUUGCCAGGCCAGAACAUGAGGUGAAAUAGCAGAUGUGGCCAGCUGUUUGAAAUUUUGAACAAUGUUCUAAAUGGCACUUUAAGUGACAAGGUUAGCCCCCACUGUAUGGCAUCUGACUCCUCCCUGAGAAACAUUAGUUCCCCUGAAUGUAUAGCUCGUUGGGUACCAAAGGCCAGAACUAGAAUCACCCAGUACACUACCAUUUUUACAGAUGUUAAAAAUUAGUCUUACAAUUACAGUAAUUUGGUGUGGGUGUUUUUUUGUACUGGUGUGGUAGUGUCUAUAACAAAUACAUUGAGCAAAGGCUGAAUGUUACUCAAUAUACAUGGUAUUUUUUGGCAGGAAAAGAAACCUUAGGUACAAAAUCAUUUGUGGAGGCCAUUUUUCUCCAGUAUUUUUCACUAGCCUUGGGGAUGAAAUGCCAAAUGAAUGAGAUUAUCAGAUUCAAACGGCAUAUGCAGAUCUGCACUUGACUCUGCUCCAUAUCCCUCUUACGGUUGGUGGGGGUGGCGCCCAGCGCCCCCCUGCACAGUGCCGCCUCCCCUGCACAGUGCCGCCCUUCCAGGCCUGGGCUCUGUAGACAGGAUGUGUCACCUGGAAGCUUGGCUGGUAAGGAUACGGAGUUGCAGCCUGUGGAGCGGCAGCUCUUCGGUUAAUCUCUUGACCACCCUAGUGCUGGCUUGUCGCUGCUUGAGUUGUUCUGCGCUGUGUGUAGAUUUGUGGAUAAUAGUCACAAUCUUAAAUUGUAGAAAAUAAUGAUAAGACUUUCUGAAGACCACUUUAAAUUCAGGGGAGUUGCUUCAUUUUUUUUGUUGUCUUUGAAGACAAGGGUUUCACUUUGUAGCUAGCUGGCCUAACAAACAUCCUCUGUGAUUAGACUCCCAAGUGCUAGGAAUUCAGGGGAUGAGCCACCAUGCACUUCAAAUUUUUCCAUUCAAGUAUUUCAGCUAUUUAGAAAGAAAAAAAAAACAGUACUAUUUUUUUUUUUUUUGAAACAAGUU